ACACUUAGGGUGGCAGGAUUUUUGAGUUAGAAGACAUGGAUAUAUCAGCUCCACCGUUGAUGGUUGAUGGUUUUAUAUUAAGCGAAAAUAACAAAUAAUUAUUUGCGCUUGUACAAAUUAUAAUCAAUAUCUAGUGUGCAUUAAACUUCUAAAUUAAUUAAACAAACAGGAGUAACUGGUUACAGAAAAUAUCGGCUACUAAACAGUUUCAUGCUAGUGUUAGCCUAGUAAUAUGUAAAGGAACAUGCUGAGCUCGUAAUAACGCGUUCUUGUUGUCUGGGAAACUCAGUGUAAAGCGUUAUUGGCUGCUGGGUGCGCACCGUCUGCGCUCCGCCAUUUUGGUUCAGGGGUUUUCUGUUUUUGUUGUAAAAAAAAAAAAAAAAAAAGAGAGAGAGAGAGAGAGAGAGAGAGAGGAGCCGCCGAACUGAAGCUGCAGCUGAAGGCCUGAAUCAGGAAACGGCGACAGACCCGGAGACAGUAAGCCAUGGCCAACAUCGCAGUGCAGAGAAUCAAGCGAGAGUUCAAAGAGGUGCUAAAGAGCGAGGAGACGAGCAAGAACCAGAUCAAAGUCGAUCUUGUAGAUGAGAAUUUCACAGAAUUGAGAGGGGAAAUUGCAGGACCUCCUGACACGCCCUAUGAAGGAGGAAGAUAUCAAUUAGAAAUAAAAAUUCCAGAAACAUAUCCCUUUAAUCCUCCAAAGGUUCGGUUUAUUUCAAAAAUAUGGCAUCCCAACAUCAGCUCAGUUACCGGUGCAAUUUGCUUGGAUAUUCUAAAAGAUCAGUGGGCGGCGGCAAUGACCCUUAGAACAGUGUUAUUAUCAUUACAAGCCUUGUUGGCAGCGGCAGAACCAGAUGACCCACAGGAUGCGGUGGUGGCAAAUCAGUACAAGCAAAAUCCAGAAAUGUUUAAACAGACAGCUCGACUCUGGGCGCACGUGUACGCCGGGGCACCCGUUUCCAGUACCGAAUACACACGAAAAAUAGAUAAAUUGUGUGCAAUGGGCUUUGAUAAAAAUGCAGUAAUAGUGGCCUUGUCUUCAAAAUCUUGGGAUGUAGAAACUGCGACAGAACUUCUUCUGAGUAACUGAGGAGUUGUGAAGUCUGCUUCCACAGGCCAGCUUGCCCCUUCCUUGAACAGCACCAUCUUCCAUUUUUCUUUUAGGAUUACACCAAGGUUCCCUUUUAAAAUGGCACUCUGUUACCUGAUAAAGCUAUCUAUAUGCUACUGGAGACUGGAAACGAAAUGCUCUGUAAAUAAAGCUGUUGAAGUCUGUGUAAAUUAAAAAUGGGGAAAUACUUUAAUUUUUUCUUACUAAAUAUUGUAAAGAAUCACUAUAAAUUUGAGCUUUUUUUUUGGUUUAUGGAUAAUGUAACAUGCUUUUUAAACAAAUGUGUUUUGAAUGUGUCAUGGCUGUUACACCUCUUCUAUGAUGUGGUAGCUGUUAUCUUAGUGUUAUCAAAGUGGAUCUUAAAUUCUAAGGUAAGCUCUGUAUAACUGUAGUGGUUUUAAUUUGAUCCUGAUAGGGAUUAAAUAUUGGAUUGUUUUUGAAGUAUAUUAUUCUCUGGCAGCCUUUUAAUAAUUAAAAAAACAAACAAACAAAAAAAAAAAAACUUGAUUUAAAAGCUUUUAGUGGCAAGCUGCUCAGUUGAUCUCAUUCAUAUAUAUUUAUAUACACACACCCACACACACAGUAAAAUCCUGUUAAAACGAACUCUGAUUAAACAAAUUUCCUGAUACUAUGAAUUUUCUACAUGAUCCAGGACAAAUUUAACAGCUGCUUCUUGUAAAUUACUUAAUACGAAUUCACUUGACAGGAAUUUCCUGUUUGAGUCCCCCAUGGAAGAAAAAUUGAAAUAAAAUUAAGCGUCCUAGUUCAAACAGCUAUGUGUAAAGGAUAUAGGGAAAUGUAUUAACGUGCAUAAGCACCUGUACUGUAUUUUAAUGCUGUGUUAGAACUACUGAUCCUGUAAUGCAUUUCGAGUUGCUUCAUGCAUCAAUGCCAUUUCAAUGAAGCAAUACAUAAAAUGGGCAUUAUCCUUUCAGACAAAAGUGGAGGUGCUGAAAGCGAUGGAUAAUACACAACCAUACAAGAAAAAUGAAAGAUCUUGCUGCAGAUUAACAUUCCCACCACCAUGUUAACCAUUCUGAAAAUCUGGGGUACCGGAAUACAGGCCUAUGAAGAGCAAACUGGAUGCAAGUCGUCAGCUUUUCUGAUGUGCUCAAUACCCUGAUGUUGAGGACGUCUUGCUUUUGUGGUUUAAAAAUGCCAGUGAUCACAAUGGGAUAUGCAGAUUUCAAGUGACGUUCACUUGCACUGUAUACCUUAAAAAACUUGAGUUAAAACUGAAUAAAAUGCACAAUAUUUUUAAAUGUAAUACUUUUCAUUAUAGUGCAAUUGAAAAUUGAGUUCAGUGUAUCUGUAUGCAUUUGGCUUAGACUCGAUAAGAAUUACUGAUGACCAUUUUUUUGCUGGUCCCUUAUAAUUUGUACACACACACACACACACCCUCCCCAGGUCAACUGAGCAGCAAGGGAAGCAUCUUGGUGCAGCUCAGUACUGAACUUUGAACUUCAGUAUAAACUUGAGCUGCAGAGACAUUUCCCUUGCUUCUAUAAAUAAGAAGAGUAGUUUCUAUUUGAUACAGUUUGCUCUAUUGCAUGACAUUGGCUUUCAUUGAGCCUUUUUUGCCGUCAUAUUAAGAAAAAUGUCUUUAGCUGUAUCUGGGUCAUAAAACCACUACAUCUUACACUGGUUUGAAAAUGUUAAAUACCCUGUUUAAGGUUUUCAAAAGGCCUGCACCAUGGAGUUACUGGCUUUUUAAAACUGCUAUAGAUAAUUAAGAAUGCAAUUCAUUACCAAUAUUGAAUCGCUAACCAGGCACACAUAGAUAUGCCAAGCAUGUAUUUAUGAUGCAGCACUUUUUCAAAUGCCCUUAUAUGUGUGUUCUUUUGUUGCCAAGUGGUGCUGUAAAGCAGUGGGUUGUCAGAACUUGUUCUCAAAUGUCCAUAACAGUUCAGGUUUGGUUAUAAUUCUCUCUCUCUCUCGAAAUAUACACAAUCACACGUAUUGCUGUUAACUUAAGUCUGAGACGGCUGUCUUACAUACACUUUAAAGCCAUAUUUUAAACAUGUUUAGUUCAAGGGUGAAAUAAAAACCUGGUCUGCUUUUGGGUACUUGAGGAUGAGGCAUGACAAUCACUGUUGUAAAGCAAUUAUCUGUUAAUGCCUUUUCUCUGUAAAUAAUUCAAUAGAAAUGUUGGUUCUAGCUAGAAAGACACCAAACUUCAUCAGCGCUUCCAGUUUACUGCAUUAACAGGAUGGAGAAAGCAGAAAUGCAACUUUUAUUACCCUAUAUUCUUAUGAUACAAAUUCGAAGUACACAGUUGUCUUAUCAAAAAAGAGGGGUAAUCUCAAAUCUCAUUUUAAAGUUUUAAAAAAAAUCCUGUCAGACACCUGUGUUUUUAAAAUACAUUUGGCAUUUUAGAAUAAUCAUCUAGUUGCUUUUUCUAUUUGAUAUUUGCUAUGACACAAUCAAGGAUUUGAUCAGCUUAAUUGCUCAAAACGACUAUAUUCAAGAAUGGUCUUUUGGGGGGGGGGUAUUGCUUAUCAGGUAGAAUUUCAAUCAGUGUUUGCUUGUUUGUUUCCUACUGCACUGGAGGGUGUGGAAGAUGCUGGUUCAUUGCUGUAUAUACUUGGAAGCUCACCUAGUUUCUGACUUGCCACACCACAGGUGAUACGCAGCUCAGAUUCAACAUCCUACUUCCCUUUCUUGUACAUACAGCCACACAUUCUUUUCAUAUUAAAACAACAUUUCAUCUUAGACUGCACCUUUGAUGGCUGGAGUUAUUUACAAGAAUCAUCAUUUAUUCUUUUUACUGUAUGCAGCAUGAGCAAAGCUACAAGUAUGUCACCGGUGCAAUACCACAUCUCAUCUUACUGCUGGCAAGAUCUGCUUACAAUCUUGCAUUUAAAAAAAAAAAAAAAAAAAUACAUAA